UCGCGACGAACCAGACGGUCGACCAAGCCUCGGGCCCCGGCUCGCACGAGCUCGCCGCCCUCGCCAACUCGCCGACGGGCACCGACGCCUUCGACAAGCUCGACGCGACGACCUGAGCCCUCGACUUACGAAGCCUCUUCUCGAGCCGGCGACAGACCCUUCUUGCCUUUCUU